UCUCCAGGGAGACCAGCGUCGAGAAAGUGGGAGUAAGGUACUCUCGGUGAUCGAGGGCAUGCCUACGAUGGCAGUGCUCAGACAUUUGGACAGCGACCAAAGAUGGAGAACAACGGUAAACGACAGCGGCGAUUCUCACUCGAAUCUCCCUCCACAUUUUUCCAGUUGGAAGAUGCAUCUCGACAGCACACGCUUACGUUCUUUCCGACUGUUCAUUAAUCACGUGUCCGUUAUGUGAGUAAGCGGCAGAUAAAGCAGUUGACGAGUCGGCGAAUGAACAUGGAAUCGCACGAGCGUUGCGCUCGCUGUUGCGCUAAAUCGAUCGUCCGUAAGAGCGACGACCCUCAUGAGGGUUGUCGAUUUGAAUACGCCUCGGAAAAGUCGAAGACGACCUCUCCAAGAAAGCAUGUACUCGGAUGCCUGAAGUUUCGCAGAAGCUCCGAGGAAGAGCCCCGGAAGAAUGAGAUCUGCAUUGACAAAUUCGCUCUCGCGAAGAGAUUGCACGCGGAGAAUCUGCAGCACCAACCGCUUCCGGAUCGAGUGGAUGAUUCUAUCUUCAAAAGAGACUGUUGUGCCUGUUCAACCAGCUGCGAGCGGGACGCGAGGUGGAACCAGGAUCGAGCGAAUAUCAGGAAGAAGGUGGAGGAUCGCUUAUUCGGACCUGCGCUUGGUUGCAAGAAGCCGGAGACCCGGAUGGACCUGGCGAUCUGCUGGGAAACGCCGAUCGACCCGGUGUACGAGCCACGCAGAUCGACGCACAUCGAUGGGUCCGAAGGUGGUUCGGCUCCGGCGAUAUUCGCCCUGAUCCAGCAUACGCCGAUGCCGAGGAAACGUGACCUCCUGUCGCGUAGAGGCGAACAGGAUGGAUGCGGCUGCGCGAAACAGGACGAGACGGAAAAAGACUCGAAGAGGAAUCAGUGCUGCGAUCGUUCCUGCAACGUUUCAAUUAUAGAACCCCAUGGCGAACGGCGAUGCGAGAAGCCAUCGAGGUCGAACUCUGUGCCGCGCAUCACGGAGCGCAAGUGCGCGGCUUGUCGGGACGACGAACCGGACGCGGAAUUCGAGCGACGAAGAAGGGACCCGAGACUGAUCCGGUCCGCAGUGGGUCUCGCACUCGGUCUCGAGGAGAAGUGCCGAAAGGGCGACGACGCAGCGCGCAGAAAUGGAUUGCCGCCGAUGAGGAUGACGGUGCCGCGACCCAGAACUCCCUUCGCGAGGCGCACUUUCUGCAUCGACACCUUGGCACCGCCGUUCAGCGUGGUGAACGGCUGUCGGGACGCUGAUUACCCCGAGCAUUGGCGACUCAUGUCCGUGUAUCAGCAGUCGUACAGGAACCCACAGAAACGAAGAUCUCGCCGCUUCUAAUCAAGUCGGGGAGAAAUUUAGAUUUAGGGAUGACUAUGUUAUUGUUGUUGAAUUAUGUCCACUUCUACUAAUGUAGAUUAACUUUAACUCUCGGUAAUUUAAUUUAUCUUUUAUCUCUUU